AUGGCCCGAGACGAAAACACCAGGGAGAAGAUCAUCCAGCAGCGCAAAGAAUGGUACCCUGUUCUUCAGUGGGUAGCCAAGAUCGUCAGAGCGAGAUUGGCAAAAGGCCGUGAAGUGCUGGCUGAAAACCCAUGGCCAUCGCUUCUAUGGCGAUUGCGUUGUGUGGAGGACCUCUUCACGGAGCCUGUCUACAACUCCAUCACGGACGAGCCCCUGGAGCUGGUGAGGAUUGACCAAUGCAUGUAUGGCCUCAUGGAUGAGGAGACAAGUCUACCAGUCCAGAAGGCUACAGGACUCCUGCUCUCAUCUCGCAAGAUGAAAGAGCUCCUUCAACUACGUUGUGAUGGGCAACAUCUACAUCAACGACUUGAAGGAGGAUCGAGAACGAAGAAGGCUGAGCAGUGGCCUGAGAGCCUAUGCUUCUCCAUAAUCAUGGGUGCGGUUGAGGAGAUGAAAAGUCAAGUGGUGCAACUUGCUUUUGCGACUGAAGCCGCACAAGAAGAACAAGAAGAAAUGGGUCCACUUGAUGGAAUUCAUGGACCUGAUGACGCUGAGGAGAUGCCUGUGAAACGGCGUCGGAUCAACCUGGAGGAGCUGGACAGAGAAGAAGACUAUGAGGAGAAGUACGUGGACAACACAGACGAGAUCGUGGCGUACAAAGAGAAGGUGAGAAGAGACAACUGGCUGAAGAUCAGCAAGGACCAACGACAUCUGGCUGUGACAGACGAGUCAUUCAAGCAGCCAGGUACUUCAGAUGCGAGUUGUGAUGAGAUUAAGAAUCAAGAUCGACCACGAGUUGUCAAGCCCAUGAAGGAGCCCCACCAGAUGCAGUUCAACAAGGAGGUGUCGAUUGACGUCUUCGAAAUCCAUGAUGCCAUGGAAGCUCGACACACGGUGCUGAGUAUGGUGGAUGUGGCCACGCACUACCAGAUCGCAGUCAGACUUGGAUCUGAAGGAACACCGUCUUCAAAGAUUUGUGCUGAGGCCAUGAACCAAUCUUGGUUCACACCAUUUGGUGCACCGGGAGCUGUGGUUACUGAUCAAGGAGUUCACAAUUCUGGAAAAGUUCGAGGGCUACUUCUGGCACAUGGCGUGGACAUCAGAAGAAUUGGUGCACAAGCACCGCACCAACUUGGCCUCGGAGAACGACAUGGUGGUUUGCUGAAGGCCAUCAUGAAGAAGGCCAUUCACAAUAGACAAUUGGCCGGUGCUGAAGCGAUGUCCGCCUUGUGUGCCGAAGCAUCGCGUGUGAAAAAUGUGACGAUUAACCUGGGAGGUUUCAGUCCUGCACAGUGGGUCUUAGGACACACACCAACUGAUUGGAGCAGCUUGGUUAGCCAUGAUGGAGAAAGGCAAUACGGGCUACACCAGAACUUGGUUGACAUGGAGGAGGAGAAGACCCCACAAGAAUCAUUUAUGAUUCAGCUGCUCAUUCGUCAAGCCGCAAAGGAAGCUUUCAUGCAGGUAGACAGCUCCCAGAAGAUCAGAAAAGCGAUGCUGCGCAAAGCUGCCCCUAUCAGGGGACCAUAUCGUGUGGGCAACAUGGUCAAUUUUGAGAGAAAAGGAAAGUGGUAUGGACCGGCACGCGUCCUGGCAUAUGAAGGACGUGCCUCACUGUGGUUGGUCCAUGGCGGUGUGACCAUUUUGGUGGCAGAAACAUCGUGCAGACCAUCUUCAUCCGAGGAGAUCUUCAAGAAGAACAUCCUGGAGCAACGCCCGAUCAGGAAGAGAAGAUAUCAGUUGAUAUCGCCAGAUGAAGAGGAGGACAAUCCAAUGGAGCAAGUACCGUUUUCAAGAGAUGGUGAUGAAGCGAGGCAUUUGCGGCCGAGAUAUGAUGGACAAGCACCCUAUGUGGAUGUGACCGAUGCCCCGACUGUGAUGCCAUUGGAAGCUCCUGGACAAGAACAACCAGCACCACCUGGAAUGGCUGCUACCCCAGGAGGAUUUGCUGAUGGAACCGCUGAUCAUGGAGCACCACAACUUCCACAACUACCGGAACCAUCUCCAGAUCCAGAUUUUGAGGUGUUUACACCACCUGGAUUAGAUGAUGAUGAUUUGGUGCCCAGCCUAUCGACCAGCGACACGAGCGGCCAACCGGAGAAUGAGGUGAGCCCGGAGACUACUAUGUCUGAAGUGACCUCAACUUCCAAUGCAGCACCUGGACUACCUCCUGGACUACCUCAACCUUCUGCUCUACCUGUUCAACAUCAACAACAUCAUCAAGUACCAGCAGGCACAUUGAACGAGGCACUUCGCGAUCCUGGACGUCUUGAUGGACAUCCCAGAUCCUACGUGGCCUACAAGGAGGACAAGCAGUUCGCCUUUGUCGCGACCAGAGGAGACAAGAAGGUGACCACGAAGGUGAAGAAGUAUGCGAAGCGCAAUCAAAAGACCGGAGCAGGCAGAGAGGUGAUCUAUGACAAACAGGAGCCCGAGAUCCAGAAGAAGCUCGACGCAUCACGACUGAAAGAAUGGAACAAUUGGAAGACCUACACCAAUGGGAAGUGGAUUUCAGAAGCUGAACUACAGCAGAUGAAGAAGGAACACCCUGAGCUGAAGGUCAUCCCAACGAGAUGGGUCGAAGUUGACAAAGCAGAAGUGGGACAAGAACCUGUGAUGAAGUCCCGCAUCGUUGUGCGAGGUGAUUUGGAAGAUGCCAGCCGGAUGAGAACUGACUCACCAACAUGCAGUCAGCUCAUGCUGUCAACAGUGUUGACAAUGGCAGCAUGCAGAGACGUUGAUCUCUGGGCCGGCGACAUCUCUGCGGCCUUUCUUCAAGGUUCAGCCAUGGACCGCAUUUUGGUUUUGAAGAUGCCAAAAGGUUUACCUGAAGAAGAUCAAGGAGAAUACUAUGUGGUCUCAACGACCGUCUAUGGCACCAAAGAUGGACCUCGAGGAUGGUACAAGAACCUGCGCACGACAACGAUGAAGGUUGGACUACGACCUGUACCUCAUGAACAAGCUGCGUUCGUGCUCAAUGAUGAGAAUGGUGGAAUCGCUGGACUAGCGAUUGUACACGUGGAUGACAUCCUAUGGACUGGCGGGAAGCUCAUGGAGGAAAAGAUGCAGGAGAUUAUCAAGAUCUACAAGUUCGGCAAGGUGGAGAAGAAUGACUUCAAGUACUGCGGACGCCAGAUCGUCAAGGACUCCACAGGCGUGCAUGUGACUUGCCCAAGUCUCAUAGAUCGAGUCAAGCCGAUCUAUAUGAGCACAGCUGAAAGAAAGAACAAACAAGGGGCAGUCACUGAAAGCUAUCGACUGCAGCUUCGCUCAGUGAUUGGUUCACUGGCUUGGUUGGCAAGGGUUUGCCGCCCUGACCUCGCCUACUCAGUGAACUACCUGCAGUCGCGUGUCAGUCAGGCGACAUAUGGAGAUGUGGCAUUUGCGAACAAGGUGAUCGCCAUUGCCAGGGCAUCCAAGAAUGUUGGCUUGCACUACCCGCUCAAGGCCUUUGACUUUGACAAGGCGGCGAUCGUGGGACUACAAGAUGCUAGCUUUGCAAAUGAUGCUGAGGUGAAUGAAGCUGGAAAGACCUCAGGAUUUAGGAGCCAAAGCGGAAGACUCCUAUGCCUGAGUGGUCCUGACUUCAAGACUUCUUGUCAGGGACCACUGCUGUUGCUUGAUUGGCACAGCACAACGGUCAAGAGAGUCUGCCGCAGCACUCUCCAAGCUGAGACCCUUUCGCUGUUGGCUGGAAUGGAAGAAUGUGAACAUCUACGGAUGGUACUCCAUGGACUACGCCGAGAACACCAUCGGUAUGACAAGUCAUGGCAGGUGGAAGCGAUGGACUACAUCCAUGUGGACCUCUUCACAGACUGCCGGAGCUUGGAGGAGUACGUCAACCAGCCGGGUCUUCAUUCGACCAGUGACAAAAGACUGGCGAUAGAUCUAACAGGGAUCCGCCAGCAAAUCUGGCGAAAGCUGCAGGAAGAAACAGGUGAUCCACUGAUCACCGACAAAUUGCCAGCAGAAGCCACGACAAAGCUUCACUGGCUAUGCACAGAAAAGAUGGCCGCGGACAGCCUAACCAAGGCGAUGCGUCCCGGCACUUUGUCUCAGGUGAUGGAAGGGCUCUGGAUUGAUCUCACGCCAGAAAAACAUAAUGGGUGUGAAAGUAAGUAUCAAACCAAGCCUGCCGACUGA